UCCGGAAUCUUUUCAAUGUGAAACCCGUCUCUACGAGAAGACGUUUCAUUAAGAAACCUCAGCGGUCCAGGAGGUGUUUAAUUCUUUUAGAGUUCCUUCCUGAGAGAUGACGCUUUUUCAUUUUGGGAAUUGUUUUGCCCUGGCUUAUUUUCCCUACUUCAUAACAUACAAAUGCAGUGGAUUGUCAGAAUACAAUGCAUUCUGGAGAUGUGUCCAAGCAGGGGCCACGUACCUCUUUGUACAGCUAUGCAAAAUGCUGUUCCUUGCUACAUUUUUUCCUACCUGGGAAGGCGGUGCUGGUGUAUAUGAUUUUGUCGGGGAGUUCAUGAAGGCCACAGUGGACAUGGCAGAUCUGCUCGGGCUUCACCUCGUCAUGUCCAGAAAUGCUGGGAAGGGAGAGUACAAAAUAAUGGUGGCUGCUAUGGGCUGGGCCACAGCUGAACUGGUUAUGUCAAGGUGUAUUCCUUUAUGGGUCGGGGCUCGAGGGAUUGAGUUCGAUUGGAAAUACAUCCAAAUGAGCUUUGAUUCCAACAUCAGUUUGGUUCACUACAUCGCCAUGGCUGCAGUAGUGUGGAUGUUCACACGGUACGACCUGCCGAAAAGUUUCCGCCUGCCAGUGACUGUGCUGCUGGGGCUCUGUGUGUACAAGGCAUUUUUAAUGGAGCUGUUUGUUCAUGUGUUUCUCCUGGGCAGCUGGACGGCUCUGUUGGUGAAAGCAGUGUUAACAGGUACAACAUGGAUGCAAGAAAUCCUUCCUCUGCUCCUGAAUGGAGGGGAUUUUACUCCAGUCCUGACCAUCCCAAAUUGGUACAGAGUGCCAUGGCUUGAGGAGUCAUGUAUUGCUGAAGUCAUAGACAAGCUGAGUGCUCCAUGGGCCUUCGUUUCCCAUAUGCCUUACCACUUGAUGCCUUCCUCCUUUUUCCCCUCCAAGGCUAAGGUCAUUUAUGUUUCCAGAAAUCCAAAAGAUGUUAUGGUUUCCUUUUUUCAUUUUCACCAAAUGGCCAGUUUCCUGCAUGACCCAGGAACCUUUGAAGAAUUUGCAGAGGAAUUCCUAGCAGGGAAUGUGGUGUUUGGAAAGUGGACUGAUCAUGUGAAGAGUUGGAGAAACACAGAAUUAGGAGACAGAAUUCUCUACAUCAUGUAUGAGGAGAUGAUUGAGGAUCUGCAUGGAGUUCUUGAGCGCAUCUCACUCUUUCUUGGUAAGCACCUGAGUGAAGACGCUCUGAAGUGUGUGAGUGAACACUGCGAGUUCAAAAGCAUGAAGCACAACAAAAUGUCCAACUAUUCGCUGGUGCCACAGACUAUAAUGGACACCAAGAAGUCUCCUUUUCUCAGAAAAGGAAUUGCUGGAGACUGGAAGAACUAUUUCAGCCCAGAGUUGGAAUCAAAGUUCAAUAUGGCUAUUUCUGAAGAACUGAAGGGAACUGACAUCACACUCCCCUGGGAUAAGGAACACAAAUGAAAUCCUACUUCUUAAAACGAUGACGUGUAAAAUAAAAUUCUUCUUUUUAAUUGCAUUAGACUGCACUAUUCCCCUUUAAAAGUCUUUAUGAAUGUACUUUUUAAAGGUUGCUAUUUUUAUUAGAAAUGUAUGAUUUCUUGUUUUAACUUGUCUAAAAUGUGUAAAAAGUAGCUGAACAUACCCAGGGCCGAUUUAUUGCUAAAUUACAAUGUGCAGAAACACAUCAAGCAAAGCAGUGCUUUUCAAGCUAAUAGAUAAAUUGACUAUUUUAUUUAUUUAUAAAUUUUCAGGUCACUUACAGUCACCUCCGAAAGUAUUGGAACAUCAAGUCCAGUUCAUUUGUUUUUGCUAUACACCGAAGACAUUGGGUUUGACAUCAAAAGAUGAAUAUGAAAUGAUAGAUCAGAAUUCUGGCUUUCAUUUCCUGAUAUUUACUGUACAUCUAAGAACUGUAUGUGAUAAACCUAAUCAAACAUGCUAGAAAACAAGAUUUGACACCAGUUUGCAUCACUCCAUUGGAUGCCUGUUUCCUUUUGAACCAACUGUAAAAUUGCAUUGCUACUUUGUUUAAACUUAUAUUCCAAA